AUGUCACGCCAACUCAACAUGGACACACUGCGGCAAAACUUCUGGAAGGAGGAGUAUCUGAGGGAGAAGAUGUUGCGCUGUGAAUGGUACCGCAAGUAUGGGUCGAUGGUGAAAGCCAAGCAGAAGGCUAAGGCUGCGGCCCGCCUCCCUCUCAAACUGCCCGCCCUGUACCCCCAAGCCCCACUCUUACCUGCACCUGCCCCCAAAGCAGCCCCUUCCAGGGCCCCCAGCCCCGUCCAGGAGGCUCCUAUUCAGUCAGAAAUGUGCCCAGUACUGCCUGCCAUCCGGGCCCUGCUGUAUGAAGGCAUCUCCCACGACUCUCAGGGGCGCCGCCGCUACCUCAACACCCGAAAACUGGACUUGCCAGAGAAGCGCUACCUCUUCCCCAUCACCACCAACUUCACAUAUGGCUGGCAGCUGGGACCCCCAGUGAAGCAAGAACUGGUCUCCUGCAAGAUGUGCCGCAUCGAUUCCUUCUUCCGCAAGAACGGCGUGUUUGCACUGCUGGACCCCCGCGACCUGGCCCUCUGA